AUGUCGACCGAAACUCUACAAACCACCUACUUUGGUCCAAUUCAAACGUGGCGGCGCAUGACUUUCCAGAAGUACUUCGCAAAGACAGUUUUGCCUAGCAACAGAAAAUUAGCAUCUACAGGCAAGUCCAGCAUCAAGGACGUCUCGAGACCUGUCGUCAUGGCAACAUCAAGCGAUAGUUGGGCUCAAAUUGCAGAUGGCCGGUUCGAGUUGUCUCCUCGAAAAUGGCCACCCAAAAUGCAACCACCCUCUUCGCGAGGUCAGGCCAUUUUGCAGCAACUGGUCAAUGCCAAUUGUAGACUGCCUCCUUCGUUGGAUGGUACCAAGUCGGACAGACGACCUGCGGAAGUGGCUGAAGCUGAGCCGAAUGGCAAAAUUGAAUUAGCCGCAAGAAGAGUGAUUCAAUUCCCCAGCAUUGGCACAUUUGGCCCGGCAGCAGUCCGUACAAUUUUGCAGACUCACCAUUUCGCUGGGAAUUGCUUUUCCCGAAGAGGCAUAAAAGCAUUAAAUGAGAAAAAGUCAACAGACCGGUACAGUCAAUUAGUUAUUGUUGCAUAUGCAACUAUUGCUUAUUGCAGCGUUGCAUUGCUUUGGCAGAAAUAG